UCCAAUUCACUAAACGAUUUAACGCUUGUAAAAAUCAUCAAAUAACGUUUCACUACACGGAACCGAUAUUUUUAGUUUUGAGUCGUUAUUGAACGUAUUGAUCGUUGUUUUAACGACUCAAAUCGUUAAAUAUGUACAGAAGUGCAAUUCACAAAGGUUUUUUAGACAGUUAACGAUCGCUAAGCAAUCGUUAAAUAAGCACCUCCCUGAGGGUGGCGUUAUGACAUUUCCCAGGCGAUAUUUCAUUUGUUGAGAGGAAUUUUUUGGCGGUUCAGGCUUGUAGUCAAUUUUGUUAGGAGUUUUGUGCAAGAUGGAACCAUUUGGAUGUGCUCUAUUUGAACUGAAACUGAUCCAGAGGCGAAGAAGGACACGUCAGAAUGUCGUUCAGAUAGAGAAACGUGUAUUCCGUUCACGUACCUUUUUGGAUCAAUUUACUGAAACCCAGGUGAUAGCCAAAUUCAGAUUAUCCUCUCCCAUGAUACAUUCCCUGUAUGAUGAAAUACACUUGGCCCUAGAAACACGCACGCGGAGAAGUAAUGCAGUACCAGGUCUUGUGCGUUUUUUGGCAGUACUUCAUUUUUUAGGAAAGGCCUCAUACCAACAUGUCAGUGGUGAGAUUGUUGGCAUCUCACAACCCAGUUUUUCCCGCUGCUUGGUGGAGGUCCUGCAAGCACUGCGACAACUUGCUCCAAAAUACAUACACAUGGGCAAGUCACGUGAAGAGCGGGAUCAAAUUAAACGUGUUUUUUUUGACCUAGCAGGAAUGCCCAAUGUCAUUGGGGCAAUAGACUGCACCCAUGUGCCAUUAUGUCCCCCAUCAGAACAGGAGCACAUCUACCGAAACCGUAAGGCUUACCAUUCACUCAACAUCCAGGUGAUCUGUGAUUCAAACCUCAUUAUCCGUGAUGUUGUCACCGGCUUUCCAGGAUCCUGUCAUGAUGCCCAUAUAUUGCGCCAAUCGGGAAUAUAUGAUACUCUGGACAAGGACUUAGAAAAUAAUGGAUGGCUGCUGGGAGAUGCUGGUUACCCCUGUCUACCAUGGCUCUUAACACCUAUCAACAGGCCAUCCUCUCCUGCAGAAGCAGCUUACAAUGUUGCUCAUACCAAAACACGAGUGGUUAUCGAAAGAUGCUUUGGUGUCCUAAAGAGCCGUUUCCGUUGCAUGUCCUUGUCUGGUGGAUUCCUUCAGUAUUCCCCCAGUAAGGUAGCUGAUAUGUUCCUAGCAUGCAGCAUUCUCCAUAACAUUGCAAGGCAUGGAGGACUACAAGAGGAACUAGACACCACAGUGGAGGAUGACAUGCCCACAAUUCCAGUGGAAAAUGAUCACAGGGGAAACGCAGCAAGAAGUAAACUGAUUACAAACUAUUUUUCAGGUAAUAAACCACCGUAACAUGUUUUUAAUUUUCCAAACAUCAUCAGAAAUGAUCACAAACUUGCAUUAUUAAGUUGAAGAGACAGACAUGCUGUAAAAUGAAUUAUUUGGGCUGAUCUUGUUUAUCAAUGUCAAAUCUUAACCAAUGAUGUUUUUUUUAUGA